AAGUGUUUUUUUUUUUUUUUUUACUUCCAAGUUUGUGUUGCCAAAGUUAAGUUACUUUGGCAUAUUGAUUCUGUAGCUUUAAGUUUUAAAAUAUGCAGGUUUCUAGUGUUAAUGACGUAAAGAUUUAUAAUCUGAGCCAUGGAAAAUCAUUGCCCCAAUGGCUUUCUGACAGGAAAAAAAGAAAACUACAGAACCAAGAUAUUGAUGUACGCAGAAGAAUUGAACUCAUUCAGGAUUUUGAAAUGCCAACAGUUAGCACUACUAUCAAGGUAUCACAAGAUGGGCAGUACGUUCUUGCAACAGGUACUUACAAGCCACGGGUUCGGUGUUAUGACACACACCAGUUAUCCCUGAAGUUUGAAAGAUGCAUGGAUUCAGAUGUUGUUACAUUUGACAUUUUGUCAGAAGAUUACUCAAAGAUUGUUUUCCUACAUUGUGACCGAUAUGUAGAGUUCCAUUCACAGCAUGGCCACUAUUACAAAACUAGAAUACCAAAGUUUGGUAGAGAUUUUUCAUAUCAUUUUCCUUCAUGUGACCUCUACUUUGUGGGAUCAAGUUCUGAAAUAUACCGACUGAAUCUGGAGCAGGGACGUUUUUUGAACUCAUUACAAACAGAUGCUUCGGAGAAUAUCACUUGUGACAUUAAUCCAGCACAUUGUCUGUUUGCUACUGGUACAGCAGAGGGGAAGGUGGAGACUUGGGACCCUAGAGUGAGAAACAAAGUUGGGGUGUUGGACUGUGCUUUAAGCAGUGUCACAGAGCAUACAGAGGUGGAAGGUUUGCCAUCCGUUACAGCUCUGAAGUUUAAUGGCACUUUGCAAAUGGCAGUUGGCACCAGCACUGGACAGAUUUUGUUGUAUGAUCUUCGCUCAGAUCAACCAUUUUGUGUUAAGGACCACUAUUAUGGAUUGCCAAUCAAGUCUGUCCUUUUCCACAAUCCGCUGGAUUUAGUUUUAUCUGCAGACUCCAAGAUUUUAAAGAUGUGGAAUAAAGAUACAGGGAAAAUCUUCACAUCUAUUGAACCAGAGCAUGACAUCAAUGAUGUUUGCCUCUACCCAGAUUCAGGAAUGCUUCUCACAGCGAAUGAAGCACCUAAAAUGAAUAUAUAUUACAUACCGGCUUUGGGUCCUGCUCCACAGUGGUGCUCAUUCCUGGAUAACUUAACUGAAGAGCUAGAAGAGAACCCUGACACUACAGUGUAUGAUGAUUACAAGUUUGUUACAAGACAAGACUUGGAAAACUUUGGUGUUGCACAUCUCAUCGGUUCUCCCUUGCUUAGAGCAUACAUGCAUGGUUUCUUCAUGGACAUAAGGUUAUACCACAAGGUAAAAACUUUGUCAGACCCAUUUGCUUAUGAAGAGUACAGAAGAGAAAAGAUCCGGCAGAAGAUAGAAGAGACUCGUGCUCAGAGAGUACAAGUGAAGAAACUUCCAAAAGUUAACAAGGAACUGGCUUUGAAAUUGAUUGAAGAAGAAGAAGAUACUGAACAAGGACGGAAGAAAAAGAAAGGAAAGGCUGUUCCAAACAUUCUCAGUGAUGACAGAUUCAAAGCCAUGUUUGAGAAUCCUGACUUCCAGGUGGAUGAAGAAAGUGAAGAAUUCCGUUUGCUUAAUCCAAUUGUUUCUAAAGUAACUGAGAAGAGGAAGAAGAAACUGAAGCUACUAAAUGACCAGGCUUCAUUGGAACAGGAAGAAGAGGAAGAACUGGAAGGAAAACCCAGUGAUGCUGAGAGCUCUGAGACAUCAGAUGAUGAAAAGGAGUGGGUCAAUGAGGUCAAGAUGCAGCACAAACUUUUACGGAAAGAGGAAAAAGUCAAACGUCAGGAAAGGACCAAGCUAGAUCGUCAGACUGCUCUGAAACCACAAUUCUAUGAAAUCAAGGCAGGCGAAGAGUUUAAAACUUUCCAGGAUGCUGGCAAAAAAAUGAAAUUGCAGAAGAAAACUCUUGGAGAGCGCUUGAAGCUUGAAGAAAAACUUGGAACACUCAGUAUGUCUGAUACUACUGUAGGCAGUAAGCAGCUGACAUUUAAGAUGAAGAAGUCUGCAGAGCAAGUAAGAAGGCAAGAUGCUGAAAAACAGCAUCAUGAAGAACGGAAGAAAAUCAGGCGGUCAGCUGGACAUCUCAAGAGCAAACCUUCAAAAAGACCGAUAUUUUUUCGAAAGAAAUAAACACACUUUUACUUGCAUUUAACAGAUUAAGACUGUUUGCUGGAACUUGGCUCUGUUUCCUUUGUCCAGCUUAAAGUAUGAGGAUUAAAAAAAUCGUGGUAAUAUUGCCAUACAAGACACUAUGAAACUGCAGAAAUUCAGAAACUGAAUUCAUAGCACCCACAAGCUCCAUGAGCCAGUUCAGAAUGAAAGCGUUUACUCAGCAACAGUACAAAGUGAUGAAAUUCUUUGGUUUGUUUCUGUUAGUAUGGUAAACAGGAUCAUUGUUAUUUUAUUUAAAAUUUGUAUGAAAUAUUAAUGGCAGCAUCUUUGCCAAAAUAUGCCAACAGAAUCAGAUGAUUUUUUAAUCAAAUAUGUUUUAAUAUAAAAUAAUGUACUGUAUAA